AUGAUGUCCAUUUUUAGCCCCUUUGAUGCUCUUUUCUCCGAAUCCAACGGCUUCAAGAUGAAACAGAGCAGCCCGAAACAAAGCUCCAGUGCUAACCAGUCGCCGGCGACGGAGCAGCUGAAGACCGGCCAGAAAACUCCGUUCUCAUCAGACGACGAUGGAAAGAGCAAUAAAAUGAAGAAGAUGAUCCAACCGAUGAGGAUAGCUCCAGAGCUCGAUGGUGUUCAUUGCUUCGAAACAAUUCUUCCUUUUUGA